CUGGUUUCCAGAGGUUCCUUCAUCACAUCUGGAAGUGUUCGCCUCCUCUUCAUAAACUCCUGGCAGCAGAUGCAGCAUUAGAUGCGGCCGUCUCCCAGCUGUUCCUCCAGCUGUCCCCCCCCCCUCAGCCUCCCGCUCUCCCCCCGCCGCUCGCCUGGAUGUGGAAGUGAGAGCUCGUCUGCAGCACAGAAACAGGAAGUGAGAGACACCAACACGGCCUCAGAUCCGUCCGUGAUGGCGCACAUGCUGAGCUUCUACCUGAGCUACCUGCUCCUGCUGACCCUGAGUCUGUCCUGCGUGGUGUGUGUGUGUGUGUGGAGCAGUCAGUGGCGGGGGGGCUUUGCGUGGGACGGGUCGCCGCUGCAGUUCAACUGGCACCCCGUCCUCAUGGUGACCGGCCUGCUGGUGCUGUACGGAAACGGAGCGGUGUUGUACCGCGUCCCGCUGACCUGGGGUCAGAACAAGCUGCCCUGGAAGCUGCUUCACGCCGGCCUCCUGCUGCUCUCUCUGAUCCUCUCCAUCGUCGGGCUGUGUGCCGUGUUCGACUUCCACAAUGAGAAAAAGAUACCCAACCUGUACUCUCUGCACAGCUGGAUCGGGAUAGCUGCCACGGCUCUGUUCGCUCUGCAGUGGGUGUUUGGUCUGGGGGUCUUCCUGCUGCCCUUCGCUCCCCCCUCGCUGCGUGGCCUCCUGAAGCCCGUCCAUGUGUGGAUGGGGGGGGGCAUCCUGUGGCUCAGCGUCGCGGCCUGCAUCUCCGGCAUCAACGAGAAGCUCUUCUUUGUUCUUAAAGGGGGUUCUGGUCCCUCGUAUUCGGACCUCCCCUCCGAGGCCGUGUUGGGGAACUCGUUGGGAGUUUUGAUCGUCGCCUUCGGCCUCGUGGUCAUGAGGAUUUUAUCCAAUCAAGACUGGCAGCGACCUGACUCCAGCCCCGAGGACCUGGUGUACACGCCGUUGCUUCAAGAAGAAAACGAGUGAAGGGAAUAAAAAAUGUUUCAAAACCAGUUCAACCAUCACACAUCUCAAAUCCCACUCAUCAAGUGAACCUGAAUGUAGGAGAAGCCUCCGUCUGUUGUGGUGUAAAUAUUUAUUGAGAUUAUAUUUAAGAAUAAAAGAGUUUUCCUCUC